AUGGCGGACAACAAUCUAUCAGCAGCAGACCAAGGCCAUGUGCCGGUGGUGCCAUCGCCGCUCAACCCAGCGUCGCGCGCACCAUCCAAGACGCCAGCUCCAACAUCAACUCCGAUUCAGCGAGAACAGCGAGAGAAGAAAGAGUCGCUGAAGAAGCGGGAGAGCGGUGUCAAUGGCUCCACAAGCAAUGUGCUGGGUAAGAGGAAGGCCAACGCCGCCAAUGCAUACCCAUCACCACAGCGGUUCAACAUCCCUCCCCCACGCGCGCAGGACUUCGAGCUGCCGAAAGAGGAUGUCAUGAUCGUGCACGAGCCGCUGCCUCUGGAGAUGCCGGACAGCGAGAGACAGCUGUAUAAGCCUAUUGACCUCGCGGAGAACAAGCGCGGCUACCGCUAUAGCAGAGCCAUCGCAGAUCCACUCUUCCCACACAAGCAGUACUAUCGGACUACAUCGCCUCCGCCGCAUUACUCGCGGCUAAGCUUCGAAGACGCCGACAAGUGGAUGCACUUCACAACGAAUGCGCUUGUUACUGCCAAUGAGAAGGGGUGGCGGAUGGUGCGGUCGAAUGUGUGCGCACGAGAAGGGACGCUCUAUUACGAGGUCAAGAUCCACAGAGGAGUGCCUCCAGAAGGUCCCGACCCGACCGCAAAUGGCCCGCAACCAUAUGUCCGCUUCGGAUGGGCACGACGUGAAGCACCAUUGGACUCUCCUGUAGGCUUUGAUGGGUACAGCUACGGCAUCACAGACAUCCGCUUCGAGACGAUGCACCGCAGCCGGCCUGGCAAAUUCUUUCAGCCCAAGAAGUCCAAGGCUAAGUCUGCCAAGAACGCAGUGGGAGCGCCACCUCAAAUUACUUUGGCGCCAGAAGAUCAGGACGUCAAAGAAGGCGAUGUGAUCGGCCUCGAACUCCAGCUACCCUCCCUCAAUCUGCAUCAGAAAGUCGUCAGUGGAGUCUACAACCCUGCUGUAGAUGCCGGUGACGGCUUUGAUGACCCAGCGCAAGCUCUGGACCCAGGCUCUGACAUCCCGAAUAUCAUACGCGACCGCAUACCCGUCCCUUACAAAGGGAACAGCUACUUCGAAGUGCUCGACCACGUCGCGACGAAGCCAAUGGAAAGCUAUGCCGACCGCAUGACCAGUCUCAGCUCCUUACCAAACCAGAUCACCACGACCAACAAGGAUGCAAUCAAAGCCGCACCUGGUCCUAACCACGAGACACCAGCACUCCGAACUCUGCCACACAGCGCUUUUCGCGUGUACAAGAACGGCAAGCUCAUCGGCACUGCAUUCGAAAAUCUCCUAUCUUUCUUGCCUCCAGCUUCUGCCCCAAGCAAGACCAUGGGCGCAAGAGAAGGCUUCGACGACGGUCUGGUGGGCUACUUCCCAGCAGUCUCGUGCUUCUUCGGUGGUAUCGCUGAGGUGAAUUUCGGCGACGGCGCAAACGGCUUCUGGGCGCCGCCGGCUCAUAUCUCCAGCACGCGCGCUGCUGCGGCUUCUGGUGCUGACGGGCCAGACGUUGCAAUGCAGGACGCGGUCGGUAUCGACGCUUCUGGUGCGAAGAAGGGCUGGAACCCAGGACGGCUUGCGAGACCAAUCGGGGAGAGGUACAAGGAGCAGGUGGCUGAAGACAUUGUGUGGGAUAUUGUGGAUGAAGCGGACUUCUUCAUGCAGGAUGGUGGGUUUGAGGGUAAAGUAGGCAGUGGAGCGGAGAAGGUUGCGCCUGAGGGUAUGAGUAGGAGGCUGAAGGAGGAAGACUGA